UCCGUCGCUGUGCUCUGACCCGGUAGUGGACUGCAGACCUAUUUGCGAGCCACGGAGACGCCGUAGAACGACAGCAGCUUCCGGCACUCGUCCAGACGGCCGCGACUCUCGUCAGACGCCCACGGGCACGAGAAAUCAAGAUACAGUGGCAGCUCCUGAUCUGUCAGUCUAUCAAGUCACUGAGUGACUACUUUUCUAUUUAAAAUGGGUGUAAAGAAGAAGAAAGAAACGCAAGUUGCUGCGUUGACCAUUUGUCAUCAGGACAUUGAAACUUUGAGAUCGUUCGCUGAUGUGGAAGGGAAAAAUCUAGCUUCUUUGCUAUUAAGUUGUGUACAACUCACAGAUGGACUGUCACAAAUCCAGUGUAUUAAACAGAUUGUGCCUUUACUGGUGAAAGUAAAUAAAAAUGGCCUGUGUGAUCCCACUAUUCAAAGUUCUUUGGAUAUUAUAGCGGGCAUUUAUCUUUCUUUGAGUCUAAAGAAUCCCUUGAAGAAAGUAUUGGCAAGCUCACUGAAUGGACUACCUGAAUUUUUUCUAACCGAGGCUAUACAUAGUUUUACUUCUCGUCUUCAGAAAGAAUUGAAUACUACUGAUUUAUACUCUUAUAGGAAAGUAAUUGACAAUAUAUCUUCCUGUAUGGAGAACUUUAACUUGGGUACAGCAAGUAUUAAUAAUCUGCUUAAAAAUGUGCUUCAUUUUCUGCAGAAGAGUUUAAUUGAAAUCCUGGAAGAAAACAGAAAAUUUGCUGGAAAUCAUAUUGUUCAAACACGGUUGAUGAAUGACUUGUUGGUAGGCAUAAGAGUUUCAAUGGUGUUAGUACAGAAAGUACAAGGUUUCCAGGGAAAUCUUUGGAAGGCUUCCGGUUCUCCCAUAUGGCAAACUAUGUGUGGAUUGCUGAAUAUUUUCACCAAGUUUUUAAGUGAUGAUGAUCUAUUACAGACUAUUCAUAGUACAUCUGGAUUAGCUAUUAUUCUUUUUAUUAAGACUAUGUUUCACCCAUCUGAAAAGAUUCCUGAUUUGGUAAGCAGUUUGCUUCUUCGUUCAGUGGACUGCACCAGCAUUCCUGAGUGGUUUUUAAGCAGCUGCAGAAGCCUUUGUUGUGCUGACAUUUCUGAGUCAGCUCUCUUAUUCCUGUGUCAGGGGACACUUGCCAUGUUGGACUGGCAGGAUGGGAGCAUGGGUCAGAGUGGGGAGGCCCUGCUCUUGGAUACUGCACAUGUUUUGUUCACCUUGAAUUCACAGAUUAAGGAGUCAACGCUGGAAAUGUUUCUGUCUAGAAUCUUGGCGUCUUGGACUAAUUCAGCCAUACAUGUUCUUAAAUCAAGUUCCCCAAGCCUAAAGGACAAUCUGAAUGGGAAUUCAAGCAUAGUUGGGAGACUUUUGGAAUAUGUCUAUACCCACUGGGAACAUCCACUGGAUGCUCUGAGACACCAAACCAAAAUUAUAUUCAAAAAUCUUCUCCAAAUGCACCAGCUCACUAUGGAAGGGGCAGAGUUGGUCACUGAUCCUUUCUUUUUGGAAUUGACUGAGGGUCUUCUGCAGUUGGAGUGGCAUAUUAAAGGAAAGUACAUAUGCCUUAGUUGUUUGGUAGAGUGCAUAGGAAUUGAACGUAUUUUGGCAGUAGAUAAAACUAUUCCAUCUCAAAUCUUAGAGGUUAUGGGGGACCAGUCAUUGGUACCUUAUGCAAGUGACCUCUUGGAAACCAUGUUUAAAAAUCAUAACAGUCAUUUGAAAUCUCGGACUGUUGACGGUAUUUGGAUCGACCAGUGGCAUGAGAUUUGGGUUUCUCCUCUCCUUCUUAUACUGUGUGAAGGAAACCUGGAUCAGAAAUCUUAUGUCAUUGAUUAUUACUUGCCAAAAUUAUUGAAUUACAGCCCUGAAAGCUUAAGGUACAUGGUGAAGACUCUUCAGACUUCUAUUGAUGCUAAAACUGGACAAGAGCAAUCUUUUCCAUCCUUAGGGUAUUGUAAUAGCAGGGGGGCUCUGGGAGCUUUGAUGGCAUGUCUACGAAUAGCUAGAGCUCAUGGACAUCUUCAGUCUGCAACUGAUACCUGGGAGAACCUUGUGUCCAGUGCAAGAAUAAAGCAAGGCUUAAUUCAUCAGCACUGCCAAGUACGGUUAGAUACAUUAGGCUUGCUUUGUGAAAGUAAUCGAAGCACAGAAAUUGUUUCCACAGAAGAAAUGCAGUGGAUUCAGUUCUUCAUCACAUACAAUCUUAACAGCCAGUCUCCAGGAGUGCGGCAACAGAUUUGUUCUCUUCUUAAGAAGUUGUUUUGUAGGAUACAGGAAAGUUCUCAGGUACUUUAUAAAUUGGAGCAAAGUAAAUCCAAACAUGAACCAAAGAAUGAGAUAACCAGACAGCAUCCUUCUGUUUCUUUACAGCAAUAUACGAAUUUUAUGACAUCCAUUUGCAAUAGUCUUUUUGAAGCAUUGUUUCCUGGAUCUUCUUACUCAACGAGAUUUUCAGCGUUAACUAUUUUAGUCGCAAUAGCUGAAGUUUUUCCUGUCCUAGAAGGUAGUGUUUAUACAGUGUAUCAGCUGAGUCAUGAUAUUGAUGUUGGCCGUUUCCAAACACUAAUGGAAUGUUUUACUAGCACUUUUGAAGAAGUGAAAAUUUUAGCAUUUGAUCUUCUGAUGAAGUUGUCAAAAACAGCUGUACAAUUUCAGGAUUCAGAAAAACUGCAAGGGUUAUUCCAGGCAGCAUUGGAGCUUAGCACAAGCACCAAACCACACGACUGUGUAACAGCUUCCUACCUGCUGAAUUUCUUAAUCUGGCAGGAUGCUCUGCCGUCAUCCCUGUCUGCCCACCUAAUUCAGCAAGUUGCAUGUGGUGAUGGAGAUAAGUCUGCUGCUAUGGUGGAGAGGAACACAUUGAUGGUUAUCAAAUGUUUGAUGGAAAAUCUUGAGGAAGAAGUAUCUCAGGCUGAAAAUUCUCUACUCCAGGCAGCAGCAUCACAUCCAAUGUAUGGGCGGGUCCACUGUAUAACAGGAACUUUGCAGAAGUUAUCUCUAAACAGCCUGCAGUUGGUGAGUGAGUGGAGACCUGUGGUGGAGAAGCUCCUUUUGAUGUCCUACAGACUUUCUGCUGUGGUGUCUCCAGUCAUUCAGAGUUCAUCCCCCGAAGGCCUCAUCCCAAUGGACACUGAUUCAGAGUCAGCAAGCCGUUUACAGAUGAUUCUGAAUGAGAUUCAGCCACGAGAUACUAAUGAUUACUUCAGCCAAGCCAAAAUAUUGACAGAAUGUGAUAGCUUUGAUUUCAAGGACUUGAAUUUCACUGUGUCGAAAAUCGAUACUUCUGUAGAAAUCAAAGGUAAAGAAGGAAAAACAUGUGAUGUAACUGCUCAGAUGGUGCUGGUAUGUUGUUGGAGAAGCAUGAAGGAAGUUGCUUUACUUUUAGGCACACUGUGCCAGCUUCUACCCAUGAGAUCUGUGCCAGAAUCUUCUGAUGGAUUAUUAACAGUGGAGCAGGUAAAAGAAAUAGGAGAUUACUUUAAACAACACCUUUUACAGUCCAGGCACAGAGGAGCAUUUGAACUGGCUUAUACUGGUUUUGUGAAACUCACUGAAAUACUAAACAGGUGCCCCAAUUUGAGUCUUCAAAAACUGCCGGAACAGUGGUUAUGGAAUGUUUUAGAGGAAAUUAAAUGCAGUGAUCCUUCAUCUAAACUCUGUGCUACAAGGCGCAGUGCUGGAAUUCCUUUCUACAUACAGGCACUGUUGGCAUCUGAACCAAAGAAAGGCAAAAUGGAUUUGUUGAAAAUAACUAUGAAAGAGUUAAUCUCUUUGGCUGGGCCUACAGAUGACUCACAGAGCACAGUCCCCCAGGUUCAUGCUUUAAAUAUCCUUAGAGCUUUGUUCAGGGAUACACGUCUGGGAGAAAAUAUUAUUCCUUAUGUUGCUGAUGGCGCUAAAGCUGCAAUUCUGGGUUUUACAUCACCGGUCUGGGCAGUGAGAAAUUCAUCCACACUUCUCUUUAGUACCUUGAUCACAAGAAUUUUUGGAGUUAAAAAGGGAAAGGAUGAACUUUCCAAAACAAAUAGAAUGACAGGAAGAGAGUUUUUCUCUCGUUUCCCAGAACUCUAUCCUUUUCUUCUCAAACAGUUGGAAGCUGUAGCCAAUACAGUAGACAGUGAUAUGGGAAAAUGGGAUCGUCAUCCAAGCAUGUUUCUCUUGCUUUUGGUGUUGGAGAGACUCUACCCUUCCCCGAUGGAUGGCACUACUUCUACUCUCAGCAUGGCACCUUUUGUUCCUUUCAUUAUGAGAUGUGGUCGCUCACCUGUCUACCGCUCCCGUGAAAUGGCAGCUCGUGCCUUGGUUCCAUUUGUUAUGGUAGACCACAUUCCUAAAACCAUCCGAAGUCUGUUGGCCACACUUCCCAACUGCACUGACCAGUGUUUCCGGCAAAACCAUAUUCAUGGGACACUUCUCCAGGUUUUCCAUUUGUUACAAGCUUACUCAGACUCCAAACACAGAACGAAUUCAGACUUUCAGCACGAGCUGACUGACAUCACUGUUUGUACCAAAGCCAAACUCUGGCUGGCCAAGAGGCAAAAUCCAUGUUUGGUGACCAGAGCUGUAUAUAUUGAUAUUCUCUUCCUGUUGACUUGCUGCCUCAACAGACCCACAAAGGACAGCCAGCCAGUUCUGGAGAGUCUUGGCUUCUGGGAGGAAGUCAGAGGGAUUAUCUCAGGAUCAGAGCUGAUAACAGGAUUCUCCUGUACCUUCAAGAUGCCAGGCCUGCCCCAGUACCUCCAGAGCCUCACCAGACUAGCCAUCACUGCAGUGUGGGCAGUGGUGGCCAAGAGUGGGGAGCAGACAAGGAAUGUUCCCAUCUCCUUCUCUCAGCUGUUAGAGUCUGCCUUCCCUGAAGUGCGCUCACUGACACUGGAAGCCCUGUUGGACAGGUUCUCAUUAGCAGCCUCUGGAUUAGGAGAGAAGGGACUGCCAGCCUUGCUGUGCAACAUGGGAGAGAAGUUCUUGCUUUUGGCGAUGACGGAAAAUCACCCAGAAUGCUUCUGCAAGAUACUGAAAAUUCUUCAUCACAUGGACCCCAGUGAGUGGCUUCCCCAGACGGAGCACUGUGUCCAUCUAACCCCAAAGGAGUUCUUGGUUUGGACGAUGGAUAUUGCUUCUAAUGAAAGAUCUGAAAUUCAGAACGUAGCUUUGAGGCUUGCCUCCAAAGUGAUUGCCCAUCACAUGGAGACACGUGCAGAGAACAGGGACUCGAUAGCCCCCGAGCUGAAGCGGUGGGUUCAGCUGGUCGUCUUGUCCUGUGGAGACCAUCUCCCCACAGGGUCUAGGCUGGCUGCUGCUGAAGUCCUCACCAGCACGACACCAUUUUUCCUCACCAACCCCCAUCCUGUUCUUGAGUUGCAGGAUACACUUGCUCUCUGGAGAUGUGUCCUUACCCUCUUGCAGAGUGAAGAGCAAGCCGUCAGAGAUGCAGCCACGGAAACUGUGACGGCAGCCAUGUCGCAAGAAAACACCUGCCAAGCAACAGGACUGGGAGUUGUGGAUGCAGAGGUGACGGCAGAGCAUGACAUGCCGCCGAGAGGAAAGUGCAAACCAGGAAGCAGCAGAGAAGAGAGCUUCAGAGAGCUUCAGAGAGCUCCAAAGCACCCUGCUAAGGAAUCCAGUCAGACAAGAGAAUUCGCCUUCUGCCAGGUGGAUGCUUCCAUCGCUCUGCCUCUGGCCCUGGCCGUCCUGUGUGACCUGCUCCAGCAGUGGGACCAGCUGGCCCCUGGACUGCCCGUCCUGCUGGGAUGGCUGUUGGGAGAGGGUGACGACCUUGUGUUCUGUGCGGAGAGCACGCAGCAGGUGGAAGGAGACUACCUGUUUGAAAAAGAAGAAGUCAACUUUUGGGCUGAGACGCUGAUCUUUGUGAAGUACCUGCACAAACACCUCUUCCAUCUCCUCUCCAAGUCCGGCUGGCGUCCCUCUAGCCCUGAGAGGCUGUGUCACCUUCAGAAAACAGCAUCAGAGCAGUGCCACCUCCUUUCUCAGCUCUUCAGAGAGCUUCCACCAGCUGCUGAGUUUUUGAAGACAGUGGAGUUCACAAGACUGCGCAUUCAGGAGGAAAGGACUUUGGCUUGCUUGAGGCUGCUGGCCUUUCUGGAAGGAAAGGAAGGGGAAGACACCCCAGUUCUCAGUUCUUCUGCCUCUCCUCAAGAAGCGAGGCCAUUAACUCUUCCAAGAACAGAACUGGCAUGUUGAAGAAAGAAAAUUUGGGGGCUUGGGGGGGGUGUGUGGAUUAUUCCUCCACUCAAUCUACAGGCAACGUGUUGAACAUAAAUUCACAAAUGUCCCUUUCAUGCCUCCCCCGCUUCCGCGCGUCGGGUCUUCUGGCACUUCUUACAGAGGAACUUUUCUUCAGCUCACUCAUUCGAGGCAGCCUAGUUUAUUGCUGCUACUGUAGGAAUUGAGGUGACCCUGUUGGAGAGUUACUCUGUCCCCAGGUGCGGGCCACCUGCAGGCCUAAAUUAGCCUUUUUCAUCCCCCAGGGCCUCUGAUUGUCCCACCCUGAGUUCUCUGUGAAGGGACUACAGAGAACUUUUAGCACACACACGAUUCCUCCCCACUUUUUUUGGCUGUAUAUAGGGACUGGUUUAGUGGGCAAACAGCCCAUUUGGUAAGACUUCCAAAUUUUAUUCCAUCCUAGUAAAGCAGAAAUAACGUUCCAAAUAUUGGAUCCUGGAAGAAUUAAGGAUCAACCUUACAGAAAUAAUUUAGUUUUUAUUGUCUGUAUGUAUAAGUCCUGCAGUGGCCUUCACAUUCCAUCCUAAUUAUUAAAAGAGCCAUUGAGAGCUCUCCUUAUCCCUCCAAAAAGUGUGUGCUAAUGCUGGGAAACCUGUUUUGUCCUAUCGCUAGGAAACCCAGUGAAAGCAUAUGUGUAUUCUUGGCUAUUAGGAGGAAGCUGGGGAAAGGAAAGCCAAAGUAAAUGAUUUAUUUGAUGCCUA